AGCCAGGCCCCAAGGUGCUAGUGGUUACUUCCCACCCCAGGGGACCUGAGUCUGGCCUAAGCACUGCACAAGGGGCUCUGGCAGUGACCCCACCCUCUCCCCCAGCAGAGCGGGAACAGCUUCCACGUGUUUGACCAGGGCCAGUUUGCCAAGGAGGUGCUGCCCAAGUACUUCAAGCACAGCAACAUGGCCAGCUUCGUGCGGCAGCUCAACAUGUACGGCUUCCGGAAAGUGGUCCACAUUGAGCAAGGCGGCCUGAUGAAGCCGGAGAAGGAUGACACGGAGUUCCAGCACCCAUGCUUCCUGCGAGGCCAGGAGCAGCUCCUGGACAGCAUCAAGAGGAAAGUGGCCAGCGUGUCCGGCCUUAAGAGUGAUGACAUUAAGAUUCGCCAGGACAGUGUCACCAAGCUGCUAACCGACGUGCAGCUGAUGAAGGGGAAACAGGAGAGCAUGGACUCCAAGCUGCUGGCCAUGAAGCAUGAGAACGAGGUGCUGUGGAGGGAGGUGGCCAGCCUUCGGCAGAAGCACGCCCAGCAGCAGAAAGUCGUCAACAAGCUCAUCCAGUUCCUGAUCUCCCUGGUGCAGUCAAAUCGGAUCCUGGGGGUGAAGAGAAAGAUCCCCUUGAUGCUGAGCGACAGCGGCUCUGGCCCGCCCCUGCCCAAGUUCGGCCGGCAGUACUCACUGGAGCACGUGCACGGCGCUGCCACCUUCACCGCCUCGUCCCCUGCCUUCAGUGGCUCCAGCCUCUUCUCCCCAGACACCUUGGCCAGCUCCGGCCCCAUCAUCUCUGACAUCACUGAGCUGGUUCCCUCCAGCCCCUCGGCCACCUCGGGCGGGAGCAUUGAUGAGAGGCCGCUGCCCAGCAGCCCCCGAGUGCACAUCAAAGAGGAGCCACCCAGCCCCCCCCAUAGCCCCCAGGUGGAGGUGAGCCCCGGGCAGCCUUCCGCAGAUGCAGAGACGCCCCUGUCCCCGACGGCCUUCAUCGACUCCAUCCUGCGGGAGAGUGAGCCCACUGCCGCCCCCACAGCUGCCCAGCCCGCACACGACGGGGACAGGCGCCCCACCCCCCUGCCCACCUCAGCCCCAGAGAAGUGCCUCAGCGUGGCCUGCCUGGACAACUGGGCUCGUGCUUCACAGACGUCAGGGGUGGUGCGCCUCCUCCCUUGUCCCUCCUCCUCCUCUCUGCAUGGCCGAGUCCAGCCAGGGAGCGAGCUCAGUGACCACCUGGAUGCCAUGGACUCCGACCUGGACAGCCUGCAGGCCAUGCUGGGCAGCCGUGGCUUCAGUGUGGACACCAGUGCCCUGAUGGAUCUCUUCAGCCCCUCGGUGACCAUGCCAGACAUGAGCCUGCCUGACCCAGACAGCAGCCUGGCCAGUAUCCAGGAACUCCUUGCCACCCCGGAGCCACCCAGGCCCCUGGAGGCUGCUGAAGCCGAGAACAGUAGCCGGGACUCAGGGAAGCAGCUGGUGCACUACACAGCACAGCCCCUGUUCCUGGUAGACCCCGGACCCGUGGACUCAGGAGGCAGCGACCUGCCAGUGCUCUUCGAGUUAGGGGAGGGCUCCUACUUCUCCGAGGGGGAUGACUACACAGAUGACCCUACCAUCGCACUGCUGACUGGCCCUGAGCCUCCCAAAGCCCAGGACCCCACUGUCUCCUAGAGGGCCCAGAUGACCUGGUGGGGUCACCACUCCCCCGCUUGGGGCCAACCAUGGGCAGGGCCAGGGCCCUUGGCAGCAAACAGCGCUCCACACGGAAGUCCACCUGGUCCCAGGGUGAGGCCAUCGGCGAGCUGGUGCCUCCACCGCACCCUGUGAGCCUGCAGCCCGCGGGCCCUCGAAGCCACGCUUUGGCCAGCCCUGCUGGUGGUUCUAGUCGAGUCGUAUUUUGGAUUUUUACACGAGAAGUCCGGCUUACCCUCCUGCAGAGAGGUCCUCAGCUCCGCCCAGAGGGACAGAGUCUAUAAAUGGAAACGCUCUA